GGUGGAUUGAUUCAGUGCAAGCGUAAAACUGUAGUGACUCAGUUUAAUAACGACAGCAAGUACAUCGCUAAAAUCAUCUCCCCAAUCUGGCACCGAAUAUCUACCAAUUUUGUUACUUUAUCCGGGCCUUUAUUGCAACUGUGAUAUCUCAAUCAAUGGAAAAUUGCACAGUAGGAUUCACACCAAGGAAAUAAUUUUCAUCGUGUAACGCACAUUGUGGAAUAUAUGAGAACAACUUCGGCAUGCACCUGGCGGCAUCAUAAUACCUAGGGUGUGAUACCUAUAUAUCAUCAAUCUUUAAUGGUAAAUAAAUCAUUCGACUGUCCAGAAAUUCCUCAUUUCUAUGCAGCAAUCGAGUGAGCCAAAUGACCAAGACCUAUAAUGAUAUUGAGGCAGUGACAAGGCUUCUGGAGGAGAAAGAAAAAGACUUAGAAUUAACCGCUCGAAUUGGCAAAGAGCUUUUAACCCACAACCAAAAGCUCGAAUCAACAGUAAAUGUUCUGGAAUCUGAGCUGAAAUCGGCGAACGAAAAAAUAACUCAGUUGAGCCACGAGCUGUUGAAGAAGACUGAGUUAAUCCAGAUUCUCACCAAUGAUGUGGAUGAGUCGGGCUCGGAGGGAGGGACUCCUACAGGUCUCCGAGGUAUCAACCUGGACCUCAUGCAGCGUCGAAUCUUCUCCCUGGAAGAUGAGAACAAACAAUUAAAAACCGAAUUUACGCGUUUGGUGAAAGAUGCAGAUGAUUGCGAGGCACAAGAGGCCAGAUUAGUGAAGGACAUUACGAAUCAGUUAGCAAAUGCUAACAUGGAGGUGGAUGGCAUUGCAGAGGAACUGGGUCGUCAAAAGGAGGAGAAUCGUUUACAACACGAGCAGAUAAUUAGUCUCUCUGCAAAAUUAUCAGAGACAGAAUUACGUUUAGCUAAGUUACUAACAGAACACGAUGAAAUAGGGGAAACUUUGUUGAUAACGCGAGAGAAUCAAAACGCUUUAGCAGCUGAGUUGGCUGAUUUCAAAGAAAAAUAUGCGGAAAUAUCGCAUUUAUUGGAGGUGGCACAAGAUGAGCUUCGAAAGCAACGAAAGAGGGGACUUCCAACGGUUAGAGGCGGCUCCUUGUUCCCAUCUAUGGGCGCUGCACCCCAACCGGACUCGAUAGCAUCAGAACUUGAGUCAUCUCUUUAUUCUGAAUUGAGUUUAGAUUCUGGGAUUAUGACGGAUAGAGUUCCAACGUAUAGGAAGGUAUUUGAGACUGUUAGGAGUGUAACCAGGAUCUCAAGUACCCAGGAGAGUAACCAGUUUCCGAGGAUUGGGUCGCUGAUAACUUCAACGGUGUCCACGGGAUCCAGUGGACCUAGAAUGAGCUGUGGACCCAUUCGAGGGUAUCUAGACUCUGCUGGACAGAGCGAUAAUGAGGGAUCCUUGAUUGUUGACCCUGAAGAGUAUCCCGGUCCACAUCCCACUGGAGUGCCAGGAGCUCCAGGAGCUGCAGACCUCGAGGCAGCCCUUCGUCGUCUGACCCCUGCAGAAGUAAUUGCCCGCCGGGCAUGUUUGAGCACGGGCACAGGCUACAACUUCGACUACGAUGGAGGGAUAAUUCAUUCACCACCAACCUUCCUCCCUUUUGGCUGUCGCACUCCUGACAGUAUAAUGUCGACAGGGUCGAGUGGAAAUCUCUCCGGCUUCAGUAACAACUCCGCGGGUUGGCGUCUACCUGAAAAACUCCAGAUAGUAAAACCCAUGGAAGGCUCUCAGACUCUCCACCAUUGGUCUCAACUAGCAACUCCUACUCUAGGAGGUCUUCUCGAGGAACGACCUGGUGUAAAAAUUCGAGGAGGACGAGCUCUGGAGGAUUUAGGGCUCGAAACCUUCACAUUAGCAGACUUAGAGGAAGACGAAGAGUACUUGAACCCUGGGAAACUUUUCCAAGAUACAGGCUCAGUUUACACCUUCACAAACAGCACAGUCCUUCACCCAGAGGACCCCACCCAUAUCACUUCGAGCGUUAUCGGUUCAAGGGGCGCCACAGCUCCCAGCAGUGCCAUAAAUUCAGGUAUGAAUACGCCAAGAACUCUAUCACGACGUAAUUCAACGUCAACGUUCUCUACAACUCUCGGUCUUGCCAAAAUGUUGAAUGAACGCGGGAUCAAGGCAGCCACAGCUUCUUGUAUGGCAACCCCUUGUAGUGAACGUAACUUCACCCCUACGGCAACACCUUGCAAUAGUCCUGAUGGUACUCCACCCCCAUCUAGACCUUCUACCCCUGAUAAUAGUCCAGUGGGCUUCGGACUGUUUUCAACUGGUGCUGAACUGAUUAAAAGAACAUUCGGGAGUGAACCUACGCAAUUAUCGCAGAGUAAAAGAAAACGUAAAACGACACUUUCGAGGUCUGAGAAGAAAGCGUUGACUGGAAUUCGAUUGGUGGAGAAGUUAGAAAGAAUGGGAAUUGAUACUAUAAUGGCCACUGCUGGGGGGUCCUCUGUGUUGCCUCUGGCGCUUCAGGGGGCUCUUUGUACUAGGAGAUCUGUGGACAGCCCCAUGGCACAACUGACGUUUCUCAAGGGGUCCAUCUCCUCGGAGAAAUUAGGUUCUGCAUCGUCGUUGCUCUGUGGAGAUUUGAGUUUCAAUGAGAUAGAUGAGGAUAAAUGGGAAGUGACCACCAACAAGCCGGUAGUUGGAGGGAGGGCCCAAGCCGGGAGGCGAAGAGGGGGAGGGAGUAUGAGACCUGAUUUAGGACAGGUUACGAGCGCAGUUUCUACAUCAGUAACCAAGGAGUCUACCACACAGUCGACAUUUGGGGUGUUGAGUUCUAUUUUGUUNGGGGGGGGG